AUGGCGACAAAACAGCCCCUCAAGACGACGUUCGACGUCGAGCGCGUCAUCCGUCCGAUCUAUACUGGAGGCUCAGUUGCAAUUGACAAUAAGGCGCAGAUUUUGGCAACAACGCUGGGCGAGGAUGCAGUUCUCACAAACCCCACCAAUGGAAAGCAUCUGGCGCAGAUUGAGGGCGAUGGAGAGUCAAUCUCGACCCUGACACUCACCCCCUCCGGUUCCCAUCUCAUCGUUUGCUCCCGGUCACUGUCCAUGAGAAUCUUCGUGCUUAAAUGGUCCUCAGAGGGUGAUUCGAUCGAAGCAUCAUUGGUGCGCACACUGAAGCCUCAUACAACUCCAGUCAUUGUUCUGGCCGUUGAUCGUACGGGCACCCUUCUGGCGACAGGAGGAACCGAUGGCGUGAUCAAGGUCUGGGACAUUGCUGGCGGCUAUGUUACACACACGUUCCGCGGCCCUUCGGUUUUAGUAUCUGCUCUGCGCUUCUUCGAAGUGGCAGCACGAGCAGCGCCCAAUCGAAAGACCAAGGGAGGGAAGAAACAAUCCGGUGCGGCAGACGAGGACGAUGAGGAGGAGGCAGACGCUGUUACAACUACCAAUUUCCGAUUGGCUUCCGGUAGCCAGGAUGGAAAAGUGCGGAUCUGGGACUUGAACAAGCGAAGCUGCAUUGCCAACUUGGAUUCUCACGUAUCUGACGUCCAAGCGAUUGACUACUCUCCAACCCAGCAUGCUCUCGUCACAGCAAGCCGGGACAAGACUCUGAUUUGGUGGGAUACGAAGUCGUGGAAGAUCCGAAAAGUCGUUCCGUGCCUCGAACUCGUAGAAACCGCGGGCUUUGUGGAUGACGGAAACCUCACAUUCUCUGCCGGAGCGAACGGAUGCCUGCGCAUCUGGGAUACCGACAAGGGCGCCGAGCUGACGCCCAAACAAUCCGCCAAGAGCGAAGAGGAGGGAAUCGUUGCCGGCAUCUACCGACCGGAGCUCCCCUUCAUUCUUCUUGUGCAGGUUGACCACACAUUGGCCUUGUACGAGCUGCCUUCAAAGGCCUCUACAGCCUCCUUUCCCGCGCCGGAGCCUUUCCGUCGGAUAUCCGGCACCCAUGAUGAGAUCAUCGACUUGGCCUAUCUCCUGCCCGACCACUCGCUGCUUGCCCUGGCCACCAAUUCGGAAGACAUUCGUCUGGUGUCUGUAGCAGAAUCUAAUCAGGAAGCUCAAGAGGUGUCAUGGACCAAGUCGGAGACCCCAUUCUUUGGCCAAGACGUGGCCCUUCUACGAGGACACGAGGACAUUGUCAUUGCCCUGGAUGUUGACUGGUCUGGCCACUGGGUUGCUACAGGAGCCAAAGACAACACCGCAAAGCUAUGGAGAAUCGAUCCCGCCAACAACAGCCACGUCUGCUGGGCAACUUUCUCAGGACAUGCGGAAUCUGUGGGCGCCGUGGCCUUACCACGAACUGUGCCGCCCGAGGGAUCGGCAGCACGAACAGACCCUCUCAAUCAUCCUCCUCCUUUCCUACUGACGGGAUCACAGGAUCAAACGAUCAAGAAGUGGGAGAUUUCGAAGACGCCUCAGCAAAAGGGACAAAAGUCGAACCCCCGAUCUGUCUUUACGAGAAAAGCCCACGACAAAGACAUCAACGCAAUUGACGUCCAUCAUGCGGGCCAGCUUUUUGCAUCUGCUUCACAAGACAAGACAGUCAAGGUGUGGUCCGUGGAGGAGGGAGAAGUACAGGGCAUUCUUCGUGGCCACAAGCGAGGAGUGUGGACUGUGCAGUUCUCGCCAGCUCAGAUGCCAGCUUUGCAAGGUGAAGACGGCCCAGUCACGGGCAAGGGCGUCAUCCUGACGGGAAGCGGCGAUAAAAGCAUCAAGCUCUGGAACCUCUCGGACUACACUUGCAUUCGUACGUUUGAGGGCCACUCAAACUCGGUGCUCAAGGUGGCUUGGCUCAACAUGGCUCCACGCUCAGAGCAAUCAAAGGGCCUCGUCCAAUUUGCAAGUGCCGGUGGUGACGGGCUUGUCAAGAUCUGGAACGCAAACUCUGGAGAGGCUGAGUGCACCUUGGACAACCAUGAAGAUCGAGUCUGGGCCUUGGCUGUGCACCCAAAGACCAACGCGGUCGUCUCCGGCAGCGGUGAUUCCACCGUUACUUUCUGGAAAGACACCACGUCCGAGACCCAGGCGGCAGCAUCUCAAGCCGCAUUGAAGCUCAUCGAGCAGGAGCAGGAGCUUGAAAAUCACAUGCACGCAGGAUCAUACAGGGAGGCCAUUACCCUGGCCCUCCAGCUGAACCACCCGGGGCGUCUGCUCGGACUUUUCACCUCUGUGGUGACAACCAGCAAGCCUGAACAGGGCAGCCUGUGCGGCAUCAAGGCAGUCGAUGAGGUGCUGGCGACGCUUUCCGACGAUCAGAUAUACAUACUGCUGCUCAGACUGCGAGACUGGAACACAAACGCUCGUACAGCCCCGGUGGCACAGCGUAUACUGUGGACGCUGAUCAAGAGCUAUCCCGCUUCAAAAUUCUCGAGCCUGCCGGUGAAGGGGUCGAGAGGAGAGAAGAGCCUCAAGGAUGUGCUGCACGGUCUGAAGGUGUACACCGAGAGGCAUUACAAGCGCAUGGAGGAACUGGUGGACGAAAGCUUUUUGGUGGAGUAUACGCUACAGGAGAUGGACAGCCUCGCCCCUGCGCUCGAGAGCGAUGUAGCCAUGAAGGAGGUGGACACUGUCAUGAGUGGUUAG